UCAUCGCAUAACCCCAUAAUAACUAUUACACUAUCUAUAGUUAAAUGUAUGUUGACUAAACCACAGGACAGGAUAUGUUAAUCAUAUCCACGCUUUUAUUUCCGAUGGUGCACCUGGAUUUGCCAGCGUGACGGUAGAGCAGUGUGUUCAGUGCUGACUGAGUGAGAGGAGGGUGAGAGAGUGCCCCGGCCCGAUCUGCUGUGUUCCGCAGACGGGGGGUUGGGUGGCUGUGCGGAUUGGUUGCUCUGCUCAGCUCUGCACUCAGUCUAGCUGGGCUUGUUUUAACAUAACCAGAGGGGCAUUUCGACAGCCCGCAUAACAAUCAUGUAGUAAAUAUGAUAUUGUAAUUGCUUGGGAGUAAGGUGCUGUACACAGACUUGAUGCACUACAAUGGAAGGUUUUACAUUUAUUUUGUCCAUUGGUGACUGUUUUGGAAAUGCCGCCGCUGAUGAGAUAGCUAGGAGGUGAAGGGGAGAGAAUGAGAGCUGUGGGUCUUUCUUGGCCUAGUGCUGUUGCUGCUACUGCCUGGAUUGUGCAGAUUCGCUUUCACAAAUCGAAAAAAACACACGCUUCAUGCCCCAAUCUGAAAGACCAGCAGUUGGUUUUAUUGUGACCGACCUCCAAAUGGAAGGAGCCAUGACAACAUGAAUCAAUCAUACAGACGGGCUGUCAGGGGCGGCUCAGUGUCAGCCAAAGGGUACUGCUCAGGCCAGCCAGAGCUGAAGCCCCCCAAUGGCCUCUCAGUUUCCACCACUUCCUAUGGAAACCAAUGCAACAACAGCGCAAAGCGUGGCUCAACAGACCAACCGUCGGCAGCCAUGCAACUGCCCACCUCCUCCUGCAAACAGGCACCUAGCUAUGGGUACAAUCAGGCAGCUGAGAGGGAGAGGCUACACCGCUAUAGCCCUCUUUUGAGGCUUCAGGACCUCUCCACUAUGGUGCACAGACCUGGGUCUGACCUGGGAACCUUUCCCCAGCCAAAGGACCUCCAUGGCAGGAAUCACAUGCACUCUCAUAACCCAAUGGGAGGCGACACUUACGGAUCCACCGUGGUCCGACUUCCCCCCUCUCCUGUAACCAAGGAGACGGAACCCUACGAAGACUCCAUCCGGGAUCUCAACGGAUUCUCGCCCAUCAGUUCCGAUAGUUUGGAGCGCUGCUCUCCCAUUCCCAAUGGAUACUUGCAUUUUGAGUCCACCUUGUUCGACGGUGGGGACAGGGUGGAUGAGGACGAGUUGGUCCCUUUUCAACAGCACUCUUCUAAGUCUGACAGAAACAAGACGGUCAAAGACUCCAUCGUCAUGGCCGGUUCGGGGGUGGGACACAAUAGCACCUUUAAACCCUCUGUUCUCAACUUGAUGUCUAAGAGCCUAGCAGAGCUGGAUCCAACGCUCAGCCCCAGCGCCCUGCCGGAUAUUUCGAUGGGGGAUGGCUGGAGUAUGGAUGAGGACUCUGACAGUGAUAGUGAGAUGCUGGACAACACACCUGACCACGGCCUUAUCUCACCUGAUGGAACCAACUCCAAUUCCAACAGUCCGAAGAAGAAGCCCCUCCCAGCGGUGCUGUAUGUGGAGGAUGAUCUGGUCUGGGCCAAGUUUAAUCGCAGACCUUGGUGGCCCUGUAGAGUCACUGUAGACCCACUGGAGGAGACGCACACAUGCAUGAAAGUGCCCAGUCGCCGCCCUUGUCGUAUGUAUUUCUUGGAGACUCUGGGGGAGAUUGCAGAUCAUGCCUGGGUGCCUGGGAAAGCCACCUACCGCUUCACCGGAGGAGACCAGUUCUCAGAGCUCCCAGUGCUGAGACGGAGAGGGAAGCAGAGGGAAAAAGACUACAGAUACACGAUACCCAAACGUCUUUUGGAGUCGUGGAAAGCCAGUGUUCGGGAAGCAGAAUAUCUUCUACGCGAAUGUGCUGUUAUGUCUUCUUCCAUGGCCAUCAACGGUGAAGAAAGAGUGUCUUCCCCGUUGCCUCAAGAAAAAACACCCGCUGCCCCCUCCUGCUCCUCCUCUAACCUCACCGAACCAGGCUCCUUUAGCCCUCCGCACAACCGAAACCAGCAUUCACCAGCUGUAAACCCGCCAGUAGUGAGUGAUGUCAGCUGCAAAAAGAAGCCAUGUAAGAAGAAGAAGAGGAAAGGCUUAGCGGAAAUCUUUGGUAAUAUAGCUGGAAGUCCCACACAGCCACUAAGUAUCCUAGACCUGGUGAACCAAAUGCCUGCUGCGCCCAAUUCACUGAAGAACGAGGAGCCCAAAGACUCUCCUUACGCAGACCUAGAUUCUGUCCCGACCAUUAUGCGGCUGAAGCGGUCGGAGAAACCAGAAGACACAGAGAAAUCGUCAGAAGUGCAUGCAGAGAAGCCCUUGACCCAAGAGCCAGUGAAAGUGGCCUUGAAGGAGCAGUCUACUCCUUCUAAAAAGUCCCAAGAAAGGCGUGUGUCAGCGAUCGCCCCUAGGUGUGAAGUCUCUAUUUCCCCGUCCCCCUCCCCAAGCAUUUCAGGCAACCAAUCUAUUUUCAGUGACAGAACUACAAAAAACACAAAUGCUUCACAGUCAAAACAGAAGUCAUCCAGCACUUCUGAAGGGACAGAUAAAAUGGCUUUCGAUAAGCACUCAGUUAAUCUCCCAGCCAGCAGCCGCCUGAUGACCCGAGCUUUGAAAGCAGAGGAAGAAACGGAACUCAAAGAGGCUCUGCUGGCCUCAAGCCAAAAGUGUGUGAAUGAUAUGGCUUACACACAUUCUUCAUCUUCUGAUGAUGAUGACGACGCGGGCAAUAACGUUGGAAUCGACACGGAGAUGUCUACCAGCAGGGAUUCCUCACCAAACAAAAAGCCCUCCUCUAGCCCCAGCUCUCCCAAAAAGCACCCCAAGUCUGACCGAAGGCACCUCCGCAACGGCAUGUUGAAAAAGUCUCGAGAUGAAACCCCGGGAACCUGUCAGCCUGUCAUACCCCCUAUUAAGAUCAAGAAGGAGAUGGUUGUCUCAGACAUAUCCUCUUGUUCCUCCCCCACCUCCUCUCUUUCCCCCAUGGAUGCCUUCCAGGACAUAAAGGAGCUCUCUUUCAAGUCCUUAGUAAAGGAGGAGAGCGACUCUGGGGACUCUGCUACUAACUUUAAACCAGAGCCUAAUUAUAAAUUCAGUACUUUCCUGAUGCUCCUUAAGGACAUGCAUGAUACCAGGGAGAUGGAGGGCAAACCUCUGACCAUGCCCCCCUCGCCCGCCCUCAUCAAGGAGGAGCCCAUGGUAAUGCCCACUGAUCCGGCAGACCGCCUGCUGAAUGGUGCUGCUUGCGGAGACUGGAUACCUGGGACAAAAAUCCCAAACGGUCAGCAUGAAGGCUCGCUAAUACAUAAGAGCGCAGAGGCCAAGUCCAAAACUAAAGCCAUCAUGAAAAAUGACACUUACAAAUGCGAAGAGAAAACGGUCCUGGCUCAGAUGGUGGCAAACGCUGUGGAAAAGCAGCAGCGGAGGAAGCAGCGACCACCGGCCAAGCUCCGGGCCACCGUCGGAGGUCUCUCCCCUGAGCUGGCCGACCUGGCCUGGGGUAGGGAGUUUGUCAGUGGGCACGGCGAUUUAGCCGAGCCCAGCCUCCGUCCUCCUCCACCCGCCUUCCCCUCCACAGCCGACUCCUCCUCUCACCUUAACAAAAACCUGGGUACUAAAGUGGCGCCUAAAAAGCGUUGGCAAACGUUUGAACAGCAAGGGCCAGUUAAGCCAGGAAAGGACACAGUGGCCACGGCUGGGGUGUUGUCUCCAAAGGGAUCUGUAGAGAUGAAUGGGGUCUGUAAGGCUGUACCGGGAGGUACAUCUGACCCCAUCAGGACCCCUGUCACCUUCCCUGAUUUGAACCUGGUUACGGAGAAGCUAGAUGACACGUCAGCACAUUCCGAGAACAAGAGACUGAGGAAACCUAGUAAACGACUGCUGGAAUCCACAGAGGAGGAGCAGUUCUUCUCCCCAAAGAAAAAAAUCAAGAAACCUCUAGACUCUUCCAAAACCCAUCUGAGCCCUUCUACAGCUCCAGGCCUGCUAACCUCCUGCUCUACCCCUGCUGCUAUACCUGUGUCGGGGGAACCAGCCAGUAACAAGGCCCCGGCAGGAUUGGAACACACUCUGUCUCAAGAUAUCCUCAAUCGUGUUAUAGACUCAUUAUCCAAACAACCUCAAGCAGAAACCUCCCCUUCACCAACAUCAGACCGGACCAGCCCUCCACCUACCUCUGUAUCGCUGGAGAGGAAGAGGCCAAGGAAGCCUUCUCAUAAGGUCUUGGAAUGCACCAUAGAGGAAGUGUCUCUUAGUCUUCCAAAGAAGAAGGAGUCGAAGAAGCAGUGUGGACAGGCCGAGGAAAAAACAGAAGACAACGACACUCAGGUUCAAUCUGUGGGUGAAAUCCCUGAAUCCAGCUUGACAACUCCAGAGAGCAGGGAUCCUCCACGGGACCCCUCACCUGGCAGGGCCCCCAGCCCUUUGGGGCUCCUCACCCCAAAAACAGAAGCAGAGAAGGUCAGUCCUGGGGUGGAAGGAGAAAGCCACAUCAACGGAGAGGGGACCCCCAAACCCGAGGUAUUCUCUCCCAGUCUGAAUGAUAGUUUGUCCUCACCCAGCGAAGCCUCCCUGGUCUCCAUCACUAAGAAACCCAUUGGAGAGAAGGGAGGAGCUUCGUCCGCCAAGGAGAAUGUCUGUCAGGUGUGUGAGAGGACAGGCGAUCUGCUGCUGUGUGAGGGCCAGUGCUGUGGGGCGUUCCACCUCAAUUGUAUUGGCCUAUCAGAAGCCCCUAGGGGAAAGUUUGUCUGCUGUGAUUGCACUACAGGGGUGCGGACAUGCUUCGUGUGUAAGAAGUCAGGGGACGGCGUUAAGCGGUGUAUGGUGCCUGUCUGUGGGAAGUUCUACCACAACGAGUGCAUCCUGAAACACGCCCCCACCCAGCCCCAGAGCAAAGGCUUCCGCUGCUCCCUCCACAUCUGUCUGUCCUGUCACAUCAACAACCCCCUCAACCCCUGCAGCUCCAAAGGUCGUCUGACGCGCUGCGUUCGCUGCCCCGUCGCGUAUCACGCCAAUGACUACUGCAUGGCGGCGGGCAGCGUUGUCCUGGCCAACAACAGCUUCCUGUGUCCCAACCACUUUACCCCACGCAAAAACUACAAAAACCACGAACACAUCAACGUCAGCUGGUGCUUUGUCUGCUCAGAAGGAGGCAGUCUGCUGUGCUGCGAGGCCUGUCCAGCCGCCUUCCACCAAGAAUGUCUGAACAUCGAGAUGCCUGAAGGUAGCUGGUUCUGUAACGACUGCAAGGCCGGGAAGAAACCCCGCUUCAAGGACAUCCUUUGGGUCAAAGUGGGGCGAUUCAAGUGGUGGCCGGCAGAGGUGUGCCUUCCGAAGAACGUCCCGGACAACAUUCUCCGUAUGAAGCACGAGGUUGGGGAGUUCCCUGUGCAGUUCUUUGGUUCUAAGGACUAUGCCUGGACCUACCAGGCCCGGGUCUUCCCUUACAUGGAAGGAGAUGCCAACAACAAGGACAAGAUGGGCAAGGGUUGUGAUGCCAUCUACAAGAAAGCUCUGAAUGAAGCAGCCGAGCGGUUUAGAGAACUUCUGGCUGAGAAGGAGAUGAGACAGCUUCAGGAGGACAGGAGAAAUGAUAAGAAACCUCCUCCCUACAGACACAUCAAGGUCAACCGGCCAAUCGGGAAGGUGCAGAUCAUCACGGCGGACCUAUCAGAGGUGCCGCGCUGCAAUUGCAAGGCGUCGGACGAGAACCCGUGCGGAAUAGACUCAGAGUGCAUCAACCGCAUGCUGAUGUACGAGUGCCACCCGCAAGUGUGUCUCGCCGGGGAUAGGUGCCAGAACCAGAGCUUCACCAAAAGACAGUACACCCAGGUGGAGAUCUUCAGGACCCUGUCACGUGGCUGGGGGCUGAGGGCCGUCUCCGACAUCAAGAAGGGAGCGUUUGUGAACGAGUACGUGGGGGAGGUGAUCGACGAGGAGGAGUGUCGAGCCAGGAUCCGGCACGCUCAGGAGAACGACAUCUGUAACUUUUACAUGCUAACCCUGGACAAAGACCGUAUCAUCGAUGCCGGACCGAAGGGGAACCAGGCCCGCUUCAUGAACCACUGCUGCCAGCCCAACUGUGAGACCCAGAAGUGGACGGUGAACGGCGACACCAGGGUGGGGCUCUUCGCCCUGGAGGACAUCCCCAAAGGUGUGGAGCUGACCUUCAACUACAACCUGGAGUGUCUGGGAAAUGGCAAGACGGUGUGUAAAUGUGGAGCCCCCAACUGUUCUGGCUUUCUGGGGGUCCGACCAAAGAACCAGCCGACCAAGUCCCGGGAUGGAAAGGAACUGAAGGAGGGGAAGAAGAAGGUUGUUGUGAAGAGGAAGGCCCCUCUGGAGGUGACCAAGGAGAGGGAGGACGAGUGCUUCAGCUGCGGGGACGGAGGACAGAUCGUGUCCUGUAAGAAACCAGGCUGUCCCAAGGUCUACCACGCGGACUGUCUCAACCUGGCCAAGAGACCUGCUGGUCGCUGGGAGUGCCCCUGGCACCAGUGUGACAUCUGCGGUCACGAGGCGGCCUCCUUCUGCGAGAUGUGUCCCAGCUCCUUCUGCAAGCAGCACCGCGACGGCUUGCUCUUCAUCUCCAAGAUUGACGGGCGGCUCGCCUGCAAUGAACACGACCCCUGUGGACCUGAGCCCCUGGAACCGGGGGAGAUCAGGGAGUACGUUCCCCCGGGGGGCCUUCCCCUUCCCAACCCCCUGGGUCCGGUCUCAUCCAGGCCUGGCCCCACCACGCCCGGUUCUGUCCCUGUAGUCCCCAUUGUCCCAGCCGUGGCCCAGGACUCGCCACUGCCCCCUACGGGGAGCCUGUUCCUCAACACCUCCCAGAUCUCCGACCCCUCCUCCUGUGGGCCCCCUAGCAGUCCCUACCUGUCCGAUAGUGAAAUCCUGCACUUUUCUCCUCCGUCUCCCCCCUCCUCCUACCGGGACACGAAAGAAGAGAACGAAGAGCUGGAGGACGGACAGGUGGAGGGGUUAGAACUGUAUGCCGAGGUGGAUGAAGGGGAGGACGAGGAGGAAGGCGAGGACGAGGAGGAAGGCGAGGACGAGGAGGAAGGGGAGGACGAGGGAUGCUCGGAUGUAUAG